CACUCUCGCGCACCGUUCGACCCGUGCUCUGCCUCUGCUACUCUCUCCGCACACGCACACCCACCCCGCAAGCCCUCAGUCGCAAUGCCUUCCCGCGCCUUCCUCCCCGUCCUCGCGCUCGCGUGGGUCUUCAGCGUCGUCUGCCUCGGUCUCUCGGCCAAGAUCAUCAAGGACGGCACGGCGUGGCCGCAGGAGCUGAGGAACGUCAUGAUCCUCAACGUCUUCGCCUGGUCGUGGAACACCCUCUUCACGACCGUCCUCGUCAUCGGUACCGCCCUCGCGGCGCACACCCGCUACUUCUCGGGCGGCAUGCAGUUCGUCGUCCUCUUCCUCGGCUUCAUCCUGUCGAUUGCCGCCAUCGGCGAGUACUCGGGAAUCGUCAACACCAAGGGCUACAUGGGCGGCGUCUCGUCGUCGCUCGCCAAGGCGUACCACGGCCUCGGCUUUGUCGGCGCCUUCAUCCUGUUCGGCGCGACCGUCUACGCUCUCCUGUCGCACAUCGCCAGCAAGGCGACCCAGCCGGCGCCCAAGAAGGAGGAGGAGGUCCACUUCUAAGCGGCUCGACCUGCCGAUCUCUUCCUUUCUGCAUCUUUCGUCGUCGUCGUGACGAGGCGCCGCACCUUUGGCGACUCGACUCGACUCGGCGUCCCUCGCGUUUUGGCCCCCUCCCCCCCUGGCGACGCGCGCCCUCUCCUUCUCCCCCGCCCCGACGCAGUACCCGAGCGGGCUAAUUACCCAACAGCAUGAGCGACCCCCACUUCAUCUGCUUCACCUCUGUCUAUGCACCCCCUCCCCAGUUCUCGCUCGUUGAAACGCCGGUCGGCUCGACUUCUUUCUCUU